UAGAUGACCAAUGUCCAAAGGAUUUGACGUUUCUGCACCUUACGUUAACAAUUCAUUGAUAGCGACAUGUUCAAUGUGAAUUCAAACGUUUUCCAGCUGAUGUAUUGCGAUCCUCCUAGGUUCAUAACACCUAAUUUAUCUAUUUAUUUGAUUGGUGAAAAUACAUAAGACAUGUGUGUUACCAUACAUAGGCAUUAACAAACCUGGAUUCACAAGUGUUUCCGCUUAAUUUCAAAUAAUAUAAAGUCAGGUGAAAACGCUAAGCUGCGUUGUCUUCACACGUGUAAGGAAAGACAAUGGAGCAGCACUCCCUUUAUCAUAACGUAGCCAGAUAUUUCCGUAAACCAGGCAAAUGCCCAUAAUGACAGCUGCUUUGUUGUUGACAUACAUCCCAUUCGAAGCCCUUGUUUUCAUCAGGUUCUAACGUCACCUUCCUAUCGGUCGUAGGGAAGCAGUUCAUGCUAGGAGGGCAGAUCGUGUUUCUCUCUGGGGCAAACCAAGCCUGGGUGUCGUACGCUAGCGACUUCGGGAACCAAAAUUACAAGAGGACGAAGGGGAGCCUAGAGCGCUACCUGAGAGAACUACAUGAGGCUGGCGGCAAUUCUAUUCGAAUCUGGAUCCACGCUGGCGGUGAGGUGACUCCUCACUUUGAUGAACAUGGGUAUGUCAUCGGCCUUGACAGAGACGGAACCUUCCUGAACGAGAUUAAAGACUACCUGGAGAAAGCCAAAGAAUACAAUAUUAUGGUUUUCUUCUGUCUGUGGAACGGUGCUCUGGUUCAUCCGAGGCUAGAUGGCCUUAUCAACGAUCCACAGAAACUGCAAAGCUACAUCGAUAAUGCCUUGAUACCCUGGGUUGAAGCCGUCAAGGAUUACCCGUCUUUAGGGGGCUGGGACAUUCUUAACGAGCCAGAAGGGAUGAUUGUACCUAACCUUCCUCAUCAUGAGCCAUGCUUUGACACGAGAAGUCUGUAUCUCAGCGGAGCUGGCUGGACACGUCACUAUCAUACAGCUCAGGAACUUCAGAGGUUCAUCAACUGGCAGGCUGACGCCAUUCAUCGGGCCGACCCUAAAUCUCUGGUGACGAUCGGCACGUGGAACCCGCGAUCAGCUACAGACCGCAUGUGUAUGACAGACUUCUAUAAAGACACAUGUCUGCUUAAAGCGGGUCAAAGGUCAAAUGGGACGUUGGAUUUUUAUCAAAUUCAUUCCUACGAUGACAACAACAAAUAUGAUGCUUAUUCGCCUUUCAAACUUCGCGCUUGUGAUUACGGACAUUACAAACCGAUAGUUGUGGGAGAAUUUAACCAGGUUCGAGGUGGAGGAAUGGAUAUCACUGCUCAGUUCUUACACGUGUACAAGAACAAGUACAAUGGGGCGUGGUCCUGGCACGCCGGUGCUACCGGCACCAACAGCGACACUUGGCGUAACCAGAGGAGAGGUAUAUCGGCCCUAGCCAACGUUGCCGAAUUGCACAACCACGCACGCAUUAACAUAAGUUAUGUGCCAGCAGUUUCCUGAAAAAAUGGUGAUGGUAAUGAGACAAGGCAAGAUCAAAAUAACCGAAUGGACAUACACAGGGUAGUGCAACCAAGGACACCGUUCCCCAACCAAAACCCACGAUACCACAGCAUGGAAUAAAAAGAGACGUUCCUUUACCAAAUCCUCAAUCCUACACCAAAAAAUGGGUAGAAAAUAAAACAACUCAUGUGGCUACUUAUAGAGUUCCUCUCGAAGCUAUAACUAGUCAGAGUUGAUUUUGGCACGCGACACCUCUUGUCAGCGGCAUUUUAGGCUUCUAAGCUGAAAGCUCAGAUGGACGCCUAUUGUUUCUGCUACAAUUAUUUUUUUCUUUCUUUCUCUGAAAAGUUCUUUUUUUGUUUUGCGAGAAAUGUAAAUGUAACAGCUGUUAACGUCUUACACAGAGCAUCACCAAAUCACUAGGGCACACUUUACACACUUGGCCACCAUAUUGGAGAAGCAUGGAAAUCUAAAACAAACUUCUUCCCCUGGAUCAUUGAUCCGAUUAUCUUUAAAGCUGAUACGCAUGUGCUAAACUACAUAGGUAUUAUGUUUGCAAAUUUUAUUAAAAUCGGCUGAGAAGUGUGGAAGUUUAAAUGACAUGAUCACCUAUUUUUGAAUAUUCCAAAACAAGAGAGCAAUUAAAUGUUGUUUG